AUGAAUGCUCUGGUGACCUGUUCUCUUUCUGCAGCACCUUCCAGCCAUCCAAAUAUGGACAAUGAAAACUCGCAUCGGGGACGCCGCCACCACUGUGACUUCUGUGACUAUGAGACUGAUUAUACGUCCCAUCUGAAAGUACACAUCAGGGUUCAUACAGGCGAGCGGCCAUUUCAGUGCCAUUUGUGCCCUCAGAACUUCUCAACGAAGUCCGAAUUGAAGAAUCACUUGUGUACCCACACAGGGGAGCGGCCACAUAAAUGCCACCUAUGCCCCGAGAGCUUUUCACAAAGUUCCAAAUUGACGGUUCACCUGCGCACCCACACAGGUGAUAGGCCAUUUAAGUGCGACCAGUGCCAAAAGAGCUUCUCACAAGGGACCACAUUGAAGGAUCACCUGCGCACACAUACAGGCGAGCGUCCAUUUAAAUGCCACCAGUGCCGAAAGAGCUUUUCACAUAGAGCUUCACUGAAGGCUCACCUGCGCACACACACUGGCGAGAGGCCAUUUAAGUGCCACAAAUGCCCAGAGAGCUUCUCAUAUAGGACAACACUAGUUCAUCACCUGUACAGACACACAGGGGAGCAGCCGUUUAAAUGCCACUUAUGCCCCAAGACGUUUAUGCGGAAAAUCAGCCUCACUACACAUCUGCGCAAACAUGAAUGCAAGUGA